AUGGAGUUCUAUGUGCAGCAAGUGCAUCGUCCCGGCGACAACAUCACACUAGUCCACUGCUCAGAGUACGCAUCUCUCAUCCAUGCACCAGCCUUGCUGACAGACCCGGUAGUCGUGGCAGAACUCAUCAAAGAGGAAGAGGUCAAGGUCAAACACCUGGUUGACAAAUACAGUGAAAAGAUGAAGAAAAUCCAUGUGGGCGGCAAGGUGAAGCAGAUGACAGGCAAGGUUGGGGAGGCGAUCAUCGAGGCUGCCAAGGGAGAGAAUGCUGCAAUGAUUGUUGUCGGAACUCGGGGCAUGGGCAAGAUGAGGAGGACAUUUCUGGGCAGCGUCAGUGACUACUGUCUACAUCACUCCCCAGUCCCGGUGCUUGUGUGCCGACAUAAACCAGUGAAUGAACACACGAAAUAGGUCAACAAUACCUUACAUGGACAAGUAUACAAGUUCUUGUGUUUCCCAACUGAAUGCGGAAUAACUAUAUGAGGAGAGUCAAUCCAAAAACUGGUCCCAGACGCUACUUAGGACCGGAUGAUAUUUGCAGCAAGAAAUAGGCACUUGACCAUACCCAUUAGUUGUGUGAUAUAAAUAUGUGAUGUAUAAAAUGAGUUCUAUGUUGAA